AUGCCCGGUUGCCUCCCCAGAGAGUGUUUGGAGUGCUUUGCGACGUCCUACUAUGGACGUAGACAAGGCUCUGAUCGCAUCCAGAGGAGUGGAACGAAGCUAUACUCUCAGUGUCUCCGAAAACUGAAUAGCUGUCUUCGAGCGCCCGGCUCAUCAAUGGCUAGUGAGACUGUCAUGUCCAUCAUUAUUCUGACAAUUUGCGAAUAUCUUGUGGCAACAAGUCCUACGGCCUGGAUAGAGCACAUGCACGGGUUGGCGGCUUAUUUCCGCUUCAAAGGUCUUGAAAUCUUUCGUCAACCACUGAUACUCGAGCUGUUUGAGUCGACACGUUUUCAAAUGAUCACGGCUGCUGUAGCAAGUCGACAAGCUACAUUCCUCGCUUCAGACUCAUGGGAAACGGAACCGUGGCGAAUUGCUGGAGUUGCGAAAAAUGCGGUGCAAUUCUUGAUUGAUCUCGCCGCAAAGAUUCCAGCUCUGUACGUCGAUUUUAUCCAAUACUUGAAAACAGCAGAUCCAAUCAUGAAAGAACAAAUGUCAGUCGCUUUGGAGGUAAACAUGGCGAUCCUCUUUGAAAAAUUCCAGCAAUGGCAUCAUGAGUGGGAAAAGGAAAACGAUCCAGUAAUUCAAAGGGUGGCUCUAUCGUCAGAGGAACAACAAUACUAUGGGGUCUCUUCUAAGCUUGCCUUUGUCAGCAUCGACCACAUGUUUACGGAGGUUCACUACCUCCAGUCUCUAAUUAUUCUGCUGGAACUGUGGAAAACCUUUCGUGGGGCAGCUGUUAAGCUCACUCCGGAUGCCCAAGAUGAUCAGAGUUGUGCUUCAGAAGAGAUAGAAACCGCUAGGUCUGCUCCUCUCCCCUCAACCACAUCCUUACACAUGGAAAGUCACACAGCCGCCCAGGAGAUUUGCCGUAUAAUAAUCAACUGUCUUCAACCCUCAGGAAGGCUAGCCUAUGUGGUUCAGUUCAUCCUGGCCAUGCGGAUGGCGCUUAUUGUCUUACGCCAGGAAGAGGGAAACUUACAGGUAACUUGGCUGGAAGAUUGUCUGCAACGAAGCUCAGAAAUAACGCACGGCUGGGACAUCGGGAAGAUUGCCAUGCAAUCCUAUCAAUUGGCAUGA